UGUAUAUAUAUAUAUAUAUAUAUAUAUAUAUAUACCCUUAAGUUGUUAUUAAUAUAAUAGAGUUUGAGUCAAAGCACUGCACAUGUAUAUGGCUUGCUAAAGAGCGCUUAGAAGGAGUACUGGGCAAGAUGAAGAGUUGUGUUGAUGGAGAGGAGGGGAUGUGUGGAUCCAUAAAUGAAAAGAGAAAGAGUGCUAUAGCCGCUAUAAAAUCGUCGACGAGAGGAGUCGGUAUCGUCUUCGUUGCGCUUUUCCUUCUCGUAGUUUUGAUUCCUUCGCGAUGGAUCGACCGUGUUUCCUUCGUACUAACAAACAACGAGGAGAGCUCGUCCCACGGUGGCCACGCCCACCCCAAAAAGUCCCCACGAAUCCCCAUCUCCUUCACCUGCCCUAACGCGACAUCCGUCGAACGCCUCUCCUGCACCCGGAGAGCACCACCAUUAUCAACCUCUCCCUCCCCUUCCCCCUCCCCCACCCCCUCAUCCUCCUCCUCCGAACCCUCCCCUUCCACUGCUGCUACUACUGCUGCUGCUGCGUGCCCCGGCUACUUCCGCUACAUCCACGAGGACCUGCGCCCAUGGCGGGGCCGCGGGGGGAUCACGCGCGCGGCGGUGGAGGAGGCGCGGAGCCUCGCGCACUUCCGGCUCGUCGUGCUCGGCGGGCGCGCCUUCGUGGAGCACUACAGCGGCGCGUUCCAGACGCGGGACGUGUUCACGCUGUGGGGGGUGCUGCAGCUCCUCGCCCGCUACCCGGGCCGCGUCCCCGACCUCGACCUCAUGUUCAACUGCGACGACCCGCCCGUCGUCCGCUUCGACAGCUACCGCGCCGGCGAAGGCCCCUCUGCGCCGCCGCUGCCGCCGCUGUUCCGCUACUGCAAGGAACCCGCCACCGCCGACAUCGUCUUCCCUGAUUGGUCCUUCUGGGGUUGGCCGGAGGUCAACAUAAAGCCAUGGGAGCCGCUUUUGGUGGAUCUUAAAGAAGGCAACGAGCGAGUUAAAUGGAAGGACCGGGAACCUUAUGCCUUCUGGAAGGGCAACCCAUGGGUGGCUGGAACUCGGCAGGACCUCCUCAAGUGCAAUGUCUCCAAUGGCCGCGAGUGGAAUGCUCGGCUUUUUACACAGAAUUGGGAAAGUGAGAUCCGGAAUGGAUUCAAGGGAUCAAACCUGGCUGACCAAUGCUUAUACAGAUAUAAGAUCUAUAUUGAGGGACGGGCGUGGUCGGUGAGUGAGAAGUACAUUUUGGCGUGCAACUCACCAACUCUGUUAGUGACGAGUAUGUACCAGGACUUUUUUACGAGGGGAUUGAUGCCGGGUCACCAUUACUGGCCAAUUAGGCCCGACCAUAAGUGCCCGUCAAUCAAGUUCGCUGUGGACUGGGGCAACAAGCACCAGAAAGAGGCGCAAGCUAUAGGAAAGGCGGGGAGCGGCUUCAUUCAAGAGGAAGUGAAGAUGGACUACGUAUACGACUACAUGCUGCACUUACUAACCGAGUACGCGAAGCUCUUGCGGUAUAAACCUACCGUGCCCGAGAAGGCUACUGAGUUGUGCUUGGAAUCCAUGGCUUGCGCCGCCGAAGGGCUCGUGAAGACAUUCAUGAUGGACUCGAGGGCGAAAUGGGUCCAUGAUUCGGAACCGUGCACGUUGCCGCCUUCCUUCGAUCCUAAAGAGCUCAAAGAGAUAUCUAAAAGAAAAGAUGAGGCAAUAAAACAAGUGGAAAUGUGGGAGAGAAAAGCAUAAUCCGCGGAGCAAAAUUGUUAGUUAUAUCCGGAAAAAAAGAGUAAGUUUUAUAUAAUUCGCCCUUCCAAAAUUUACAGCUUUUUGUCUUUUUUACAGUAGAAUUGAGAGCAAGCACAUAAUUUUUCAGUUUCGCAUCUUGGCUAUUUAGAAUAUCGUCUAUGAAACCAAUGUAGAGGAACAGCAAGUCUAAAAUUGUUUUACAAAUGUGAAUGAUUAACAUAUAUUGCUUUACAGAAAAUAAUAAAGUUAUGUUAAACUUGUGAUUGAGGUC